AUGGCCCCUCAACCCACGCUCAAGCGAGGCGAGACUGCUUUGGUCAAAAAUCGUGGUUCAGGGUUUGAAGAUGGCUUCGCCGACCCUCCCAUGACACCGGCUGAAUAUGCCAUCGAGAAGGAGAUCUAUGACCCACCAUUCCACGAGAGAAUCGAAGAGUGCAUCCAGCGAUUCGUUGCGCGCCGACGCCUGACGCAGGACCGAAAUGUUCUCUUCCAGAAAUAUCUCGCCCUUGGCGGCAUCGAGAGCGCACAGCGGCAGUUUACCGGCACGGCUGAUCUGGUCAAAGAAUGGAAGAACGAUGACUACACCGCCGACGAGAUUCGUGCUUUCACCGCCAACAACUUCGUUUCCGAUGACAGUGGCGCCAAGGGCAAGUGGUUCGAUCCCUACUAUCCAGAGCACUGGGAUGUAGACUUCGCGGGUGUUGUUGCGGGAUUCCUUGGCUCCUACCUCCCCGAGCAGGGUGGUCCCAAUACUCCACAGAUUUCUCUGGCUGCCGACACCGUCCUCAACUUCCUAAAAUACGUCCGCCACCAUGAUGUCUGCCCUGAGUACGACGAGAAUCUAGCCGAGGCCACUCACAUCUGCGAGCUCGCCCUUACCGAGCUCCCACACAUCGCCGCAGCCGGCUACAAGAUGCCCGGUGACUUCAAUCUCGCCUGUCGCAUCCUCUUCUACUCCUCUGGCAAGCCCAUCAACAAACACGAAAACAUCGGGCUGGAAGACCAAAGUCUCGUCAUGUAUGAGGACAAGAAGUUCGUCAGAAGCUCAGGCGAAAUGGUCAAACUGCCGGGGUCCAUUAACAACAUGGUUUUUGCCCCUGCAGACUUUGAUGCCGAGUCAGUUUUCAAGACAACCGUUGUGCUGCACGAGCCCGAUCUCGUCGGCCGUGUGCUCGAGAUGGAUACGAAGCCACUGCAUCUGAUUGACACCUUUCAGAAUUCCUACGAAGUGAGAGACAUCGUGUUUGCCGAUCCCUCGAUUGCUAAUCUAUACGGGGGCCUCCCAGCACACAGCAGCAGUACCCGGCCCAUCACUCCUACCGGUUACAUGGUACUGCAUCCCAUCAUCAUUGAGGAUGGCUGGGACAAGCGCCCAACACACGCGUCUGGGCGGGCCAGUAAUUCUGAAAAACCAGUAUCUGUGUACAUGGAGCAUGUGGUCCUGGAACACCUGACCGUGGGUAUGAAGAUGCGGCUGGCAAUCUGCGAGCUGGACAUCGGAAUCCAGUUUAUCAAGGAUGUCAUCGACGUUUUGCCCUCUUUCUACGUAUUCCUGCCGCAGAGCCUAAUGCUGGAUUGGAAGCCGCCCCGCCCCGAAACACGCCCACCGCCGUCGGCAGAUGACCCUGAUGUCGCAGACAGGCGAGAGCAAGAGGGUCUAGAGAGGGAGGAGCGCGAGACGGUGAAGGAACAGAGGAAGGUGGAUCCCGAUCUUGAUCAGCAAAUGAGAGAGGUGGAGGAUGCACAGGCACUGCAGAAAGCCAUGGAGAGGGCCAGGAUCUGA